UGCUCCCCUCACCCCCCGCCCAGCUCGGACUCCGCUGCGCCCCUCCCCCAUCGCACAGGACCCCCCGCCCGGCUCGGACCCCGCUGCACCCCCCCCAACAGGGACUUCCGGGGGCCAGCUUAGAUCCUGCUGCUCCCCUCCUCCCCAAUAGGGAGCCUGUCAGCUGCUGAGAGCUUCUCCCACCUGCAGCACCCACCAGGUAUUCACUUGGGCCCCUGGGUGCCCACUCUGCUUCCAGAGGGUGCUUCCUGUGUUCCCUUCUUCCUAAGUGCCUAGAGGGGACCUGGGGUGCUGUGUCCCUCUGGCAUCCCUCUUGGGUGCUGGGAUUUCCUCACCAAGCUUGUCCUCCGCGUGACACGCAUAGGGGUUGUCCUGGUUGGCAUUCGCGCCCUGCUUGGGACCUAGAGCAGCACAGUCCACGGGAGGUUGCACCGAGCUAGUUUGUGCCCCUCGGUACUGGAUCCAUCGCAGGGAGAGGAUUCUGGCAUGUACACCCCAGGUGGCUCUGGGUUGCCUGGAGGGCGCAGGCGGAGAGGCCAGAGUGGAGGUGCCCUGCCAAAGCAGCCAGAGAGGAGCCUGGCUUCUGCGCUGCCCGGCGCCCUGUCUAUCACAGCCCUGUGCACUGCACUGGCGGAACCUGCCUGGCUACGGAUUCACGGGGGGACCUGUUCCCGUCAGGAGCUGGGUGUAGCUGAUGUACUUGGUUACGUGGAUCCAGAAUUGCUUAGAGACUACUGCAUGAAUCCACAGACAGUCUUGUUGCUCCGGGUCAUCGCUGCUUUCUGUUUCCUUGGAAUAAUCUGCAGCCUUUCAGCUUUCCUGCUGGAUGUUUUCGGACCCAAGCAUCCUGCGCUGAAGAUUACUCGGCGCUAUGCCUUUGCUCACAUUCUCACAGUUUUGCAAUGUGCCACUGUGAUUGGAUUCUGUUACUGGGCCUCGGAGCUGAUUCUUGCGCAGCAGCAGCAGCACAAAAAAUACCAUGGAUCUCAAGUCUACGUCACCUUUGCUGUCAGCUUUUACCUAGUGGCGGGAGCUGGCGGAGCCUCCAUCCUCGCUACUGCUGCCAACCUGCUGCGCCACUACCCAACUGAGGAGGAGGAGCAGGCACUGGAGCUCCUGUCCGAGAUGGAGGAGAAUGAACCUUACCCAGCGGAGUACGAAGUGAUCAACCAAUUCCAGCCGCCUCCUGCUUAUACGCCAUAAUGCUGCUUUCUCCCAGCCCCCCAAAACUAACUGCCCACCUCUUUUUGGGAAUGCACUCCCUUGCCCAUGGAGGCCACUCAACAGUGCCUCACUUCCCAGGCACCUUGCUCACUCUUAUGCUCUUCUACCCACAA